AUGGACCAAAUUUUGAUGAUUAUUGAUAGAGACCUUGCUGAAGUUGUUGAUAGACUCGAGGAAAUCCCACUGACUCCUGAGAUUGAUGGAAUUAUAGAUCUGAUUGAUAAGACCAUCGCGGAUAUCGCGGAAAUUGCCUUCGAACGUGAAGACGAAAACACGCCAACCUCAGAGACAGAUCGAGAUCUCGAGUCAAAUGAUGAAGAUAUUGCGGGUGUCGUUGACCACUCGGACAUUGUCGCAUUCGAAUCUAGCGAAGACCAAUUGGAUUACGAAUCCGAUAGCAAUUGCAGAUCACUUGACUGCUACGAUAACUACCAUGGAUGCAAGUAUAUGCUAGAACAUCAAUCUGAAAUUGUCAAAGUUCAACAUGCUCUUCAUUCUGAACUCGUUUCACUGGACAGAGAAAACCAGAAACUUCGCGAGAAGUACGAAGCUUUGGUCCACCAAACUCCUGGCCUCUUAAGACUUUCUCUUCCAACCAAGGUAAAGAAGGGGUAUCUUCUUGACAAUUGGCAGCACUAUAAUCCUGGGGGUGAAAUCUGUGAGUGCAAAUACUGCUUUGACGACCUCAAAGAAGAACAUUUAGAUUCGCUUGAAAUUAAAAAAAGCACACAAAAGGCACUCAAAGACUCGAGGAAGGAGCAUUAUGAAUUACUCGAGGAGUAUAAUGCUUUCAAGAACUUCAUGAGCAGGGAUUCAUGA